AAGAUUUUUCGCUGCGCGUACACUUAGUUACAUCGAAAAAUUCCGUCGGCUAAAUCCUGUCCGGCGGAUUGGCCGUUUUCCAGAAGCUGUUGCGCCUUUAACAGAAGCGGUUGGAGUCGCUUGGAAGCGCAAAUGACGCCUUCAAACAAAACCGGGGUAAAGGGAGGAGGAGGAGAGACGGAGGGACAAAUGAAGUCUAAACCCUACAAGGUGUGGUCGCUGAUGUGUGUGGGUUGGAGUCAGGCGGCUGUGAAGUGUUGGACGGUGUGAGCAAAGGGAGAAAGAGACACGGGAGAGUGGAUGCGCGCUAUCACCAUGGCGAGGGGAUUGCUUUCCUGGGCCUCUUUGAGGAAGAUCUGUGGCAGCCACUACUACAUUCAGGCCCGCUUGCCAUGUGUACGUGUCAAAUACCUCUUCUUUUCAUGGCUUGCAGUAUUUGUUGGGAGUUGGGUAAUAUAUGUCCAGUAUUCUACUCAUACAGAAUUGUGUCGGGCCCAUGACUGCAAGAAAAUAAUUUGUGAUAAAUACAAGAAGGGAAUUAUUGAUGGAUCAGCAUGUGGCAGCCUGUGUGAUAAGGGCACUCUUUAUUUUGGCAAGUGCCUCUCUAAUAAACCUAACAAUCAGGUGUACAGGGGAAUGUGGGAUGAAUCACAAGUCAUCUUAAAAUGCAGACUCGAAGAACCGUUCCACUUCGAUUUGGAUUCUAACAUGGAGCCAAGAAAGGAGAUGGUGUUAUUUGACAAACCAACAAAAGGAACUUCAAUGGAGGAAUUUCGAGAAAUGGUGUACAGCCUUUUAAAGGCAAAGCUUGGUGAUCAGACAAACCUUCAAAAGCUGCUCAAGUUGGUUGUGACUGUAGCAGAUGGAAAUAAAGAUGGUCACGUCUCUCUCGCAGAGGCAAAGUCUACCUGGGCAUUACUGCAGCUUAACGAGUUUCUGAUCACGGUAAUCCUCCAGGACAAGGAACAUACACCAAAACUUCUAGGAUUCUGUGGAGAUCUUUAUGUAACAGAAAAGGUCCACUAUAGUUACCUGUAUGGACUCACUAUUCCUUGGGUUUUGGAGUUCUUCAUUCCUUCUGGGCUGAGGCGUAGCAUGGACCAGUGGUUUACUCCCUCCUGGCCCAGAAAAGCUAAGAUCUCGAUAGGCCUGUUAGAAUUUGUUGAGGAUGUCUUUCAUGGAACAUUUGGUAACUUUCUUAUGUGUGACGUAAGUGCAAAUAACAUUGGUUACAAUGUUAAACAUGAUUUAAAAAUGAUAGACAUGAGAAAAGUUGUACCGGAAGUUAGUUUCAAACAAUUAAUUGGAGGCCGCCACUGCGAGACUGAUGUGGAUUGUGUCUAUGGCACAGACUGUAGAACAACUUGCCAUCAAAGCAAAAAGCAGUGCUCCACGGAAUUGGAUCAGCCAAACUUGACCAAAGUUUGCACGUUGCUGAAAGACUAUCUUUUAAAUGGUGCUCCUCCUGAUGUGAGAGAAGAACUGGAAAAACAGCUUUACUCUUGUAUAGCUCUCCGAGGAGUAGCAGGUCAAAUGGAAAUGGAACAUUCCUUGAUAUUAAACAAUCUAAAGACAUUACUGUGGAAGAAAAUUUCUCAUACAAAAGAUUCCUAAACACUAAAGGAAAAUUCACAUCAAUUGAAAAUCAUUUGGGAAGUAUUUUUUUUCGCAGAUUGUUCUAGUUGGUUCAAUUUGACCAUGUCGCACAGAACAGCAUUAUUAAUAAUAUUUCUGUUUAUUACUGUUAAACAAAAAAAACCUAA